AACCCAGAGCCUGGGAUCCUUCAAACCCAACUGGGUGUUCCUCAUUCCCUUUCUCCUUUCUCUUCCUUUCCUUCUUCAUCAAUCAAUUCAUCAUCAUCAUCAUCAUCAAACAACACCCACAAAAACAAUUCAUCAUCAUCAAACAACAACCACAAUAACACAGAAAUUACACAGAAAUUUUUAUUUAUUUUUUUGUUGAAGAACCCAGUGCCUGGGUUCGAUCGAACCCAGCACCGGGUUUGAAGGAACCCAGAGCGAACCCAGGCGCUGGGUUCCUUCGAACCUAGCUGGGUUCGUCGAACCCAACGCAUGGGUCCAUUGAACCCAUGUGAUUUGGGUUUGUCGAACCCAAGCCGAACCCAGAUCGCCUGGGUUCGUCAAACCCAAGCACAGGCAACGAACCCAGGCGAACCCAAGCUGAACCCAAAUCGCCUGGGUUCGUCGCCUGGACCUGGGUUCGUCGAACCCAGCGCCAGGUUCCUUGGAACCCAGGCUCUGGGUUCGUCAAACCCAAGCACAGGCGAUGAACCCAGGCGAACCCAACUGGGUUCCUUGGAACCUAGAGCCUGGGUUCGUCGAACCCAGCGCCUGGUUCCUUGGAACCCAGAGCCUAGGUUCGUUCGAACCCAUCUACUGGGUUUUUCGAACGAACCCAACGACUGGGUUCUGAGGAACCUAGCGGCGGCUGCUAGGAAAGUGAACGUUCCACCCUCUCAUUUGAGGCGUAUGACCAUUAGAUCGCAAGUUGGUAGAGUUCAUGGCGGUGGCAGAGUUCGAAACCCUGACUUCCGCUUUACUCAAGCCCUAAAGCUUGGUGGCCAACCAAUUAAGCUGGAAGGUUAGCUUGUUAUAUUUGAAUAAAUUUGAUUUUUUAAU